CAUUCCCACCAGUAACAUAUGAGGGUUCCCUUUUCUCUACAUCCUCUCCAACACUUAUUUUCUUUUUCGUGAUAGCCAUUCUGACAAGCAUGAGGUGAUAUCUCAUUAUGGUUUGGAUUUGCGUUUCCCUAGGAAUUAGUGAUGUAGAACGUCUUCUCAGGUGCCUAUUGGCCACCUGAAUACCUUGUUUGGAAAACUAUCUGUUAAGAUCCUCCGCACAUGUUUUAAUUGGGUUUUUCCUGUUUGUUUUGUUGUUGUUGAGUUGUAUAAGUUCUUUCUAUACUUUGCAUAUUAGCCCCUUAUCUGAUUUAUGAUUGGCAAAUAUCUUCUCCCAGUUGGUAAUGGUCUUUUCAUUGUGUUGAUGGUAUCCCUUGCCAUGCUUAAUAUUCCCAAGAAAUAAAAGGGGGACAGUUUUGUCUCGGUGUUUUUAGACACACACAUAAGAAAGAACGGUGAGAAUUAUGCUUCGAUAUUUUUUGGAAACAGGUCGCUAUCAGCAGAAGGGCAGACAGCUAUUGGGAGUGGUGGCUGAAAGGUGGUCCCCAACAGUGGUGGCCUUUGGAAGAGACCAGGCAGCCUUGGGUAUCAGCACGGCCUAGGCAACUGGAAGGCAGGGGCUCCUCAGAUUCCAUGACACCCCCACCUUCCAAUUGUGUUAUUGCAACACCAGACCGUUAACUGGCGCACUGAGUCCUCUCUGCAUCACUCCUGUCUGACUCUGAGCUACAGGUGGUGCUUGGGGCUCUGAGCUCUGAGAUCUUCAACCUUGUUGUGGCAGUUACAGACUCUCAAGUGUUGUGGGGUAUUGAUCAAGUUGUCCUCAACAGUAAGUUAAGAAUUCCUGUUUGGUGUAGUCUCAUUUGGUUACUUUUUCAUUUGUUUCCCUAGCCUGAGGAGAUAUAAUAUUCAGCAAGGUACUGCUAAGACCAGUGCCAAAGAGUGUACUGCCUCUGCUUUCUUCUAGGAGUUUAUGGGUCCAGGUCUUCCAUUCAAGUCUUUAAUGCAUUUUGAGUUCAUUUCUCUGUGUGGUGUAAGAUAAGGGUCUACGUUCGUUCUUUUGCAUACGGCUGUGCAAUUUCCCCGGGACCAUUUAUCAAAGAGACUUUCCUUCCCUCCUUUGUAUGGUCUCCACUCUUUUGUUGCAAAUUAGCUGUCCGUAGAUGUGAAGGUUUAUUUCUGUGCACUCCAUUCAGUUCCAUUGAUCUGUGUGUCUGUUUUUCUGCCACUAUCAUGACGUUUUGAUUAAUAUAGCUUUGUAGUAUAUUUUGAAAUCAGGGAAUAUGAUCUCUCCGGCUUUGUUCUUUUGACUCAGGAUGCUUUGGCUCCAGGUGAAUCUUAAAAUGAUUGACUUGGGGGUAGGAAACACUGAACCGUAUCACUUUUAUGCAAAAGACAAAAGCAGGACAGAGCAGAACAACAAGGAUAUUUUCAGUCAAGUCUCUAAAGCAGGGGAGAAACUGUUGGAGCCCUCUAGAAUGGAGAGGACCUGUCCCAUCUGAUUUCAUUUUAAUUUCAUCCAUUUUAUAGCAGAGACAUGAACCCUUGGGAAGAUAUCCUGAGGUAAGUGAGAGUCCACCUUGAAAAUGGUGGGAGCCCUAAUUUCAAAUUCUGGCCUUCUUUGAAUAGAAGUGAAAAUUAGAUUUUGCACAUGGAUGAGACCAGUCUUCUCUGAGUCUGUCACCUUAUGAAAUAAAUCCUAUUACUCGUUAAACUUCAACAGUGGCAUUUAAGUAAGAAAAUCUUAGAAAUAUACUAGCCAUCUAACAAAACACCAGAAAGUUAGCAGGUCCAACUCCACUCGAGUUCAGUACAGUUGGGUCCCCUAGAUCACAGACUUUGAGAUGUAAAGAAAGGAAUGUCGGGUCCAACUGACGCCAAAAGAGAGAUCUCUUUAAAGCUUUACAUGCAUCUCAAACACCAAAUCCUUCCACAGUGUGGUUGGAGGAUGGUGUAGGGUAGAAAGAAGAUGAGCUUCAAAAGCGGUUGAUGCGGUCCUCUGCCCUUUACCUUGACAUGAAUGCUCAGUGGUACUUGGGCAGAGGCAUCGCACCCUCAAAUCAAAGUACUGGAGCAGCUAAACUGAAGAGACCAAUGCUACCGGGGGUCUCCCAAGUCUCAUCUUCACAAGACCCGGGUGGGAACAGAUGACAAGAGUGUGAAGAGGGCGUUCAGGGUACAACUUUCCCUCCCUGCCUGUCCUCCUCUUCUCAACCUCAGCUUCUCUGUCUCUGAACCCCAUUGCACAUGUCCCCUGUGGGUGAUCGACCAUCCCUGAACCAUGACCUUGAAAUUCCACGUUCUGGUAGAGGAAUAUAACCGCAGGUCAGUAGCAUGACGACAGCUCGAAGGGAUCUGUCCAGCAAUAAUCCAUAAAACCUGCUCCGCAUCCCUGAUCUGUUCCAAACAUGAGUGAACUGAAUGAAGACAAGAAAUAGCAUCAGGUUGACAAGUGUUUGCAAAAGAAAUGGGCACUACAUGUAUUCAGGAUACACUCACAAACUACUCUGAUCAUUUUCAGAGCUGAAAAAGAGCUCUUGUGGGGUUACAAUUCAUAAUAUGUGGAUAUCCGGAAGCAACAAGUAGGAAAGAUAGUGUUUAUGGACAUUUAAAAAACAACCACAAAAGCGGCCCACACAUAGAGAAGGAUUUUAGGAGGUAGAGCUGUCACACUGACUUAAGUUUGAAGAUAAGCCAACAUGCUGCCCUAGUGAGGGGCAAGAAGUCGACACAACACAGGGAUGCAGCAAGAGGAGUAUUGUGAGUCAGGACAGAGAAUAAUUUUUUAACGAAGUAUUCAUUCACUUAGUAUUACACUCUGCUUUUGUCCCUUUUAAUGGAUGUAGAAAAACCUGGAGAAAGCCCAGCGAAUAGCAGCAUGGGAGUCUAAAAGUUUGCCAUCUUUCACAUAUGGGAAAACCUUAAGAUCUGUUUACAUUUAGAGAGAAAGUGGGGUGACUUCGUGACGGUGCUUCAGAAGACAAAGUUUGUUGGGACACGGGUUUCUCUUUCUGUUUUGAGAUGCACACAGGAAUGGGCACUGAGAACUAUGCUUAGAUAUUUUCUGGAAAGAGACAGGUCGGUAGUGUCACCACGAGAGUAGACAGCUGCUUUUGGGUGAUGCCCAUCAGCAGUGGCCUUCAGAAAAGGCCGGGCAGCCUGGGGUAGCAGCAGGGCCUAGGCAACUGGAAGGCAGGGGCUCCUAAGAUUCCAUGACACCUCCACCUUCCAAUUCUGUUAUUGCAACGCCAGACCGUUAACUGGCACGCUGGGGCCUCUCUCCAUCACUCCUGUCUGACUCUGAGCUGCAGACGGUGCCUGUGGCUCUGAGCUCUGUCAUCUUGAACCUUGUUUUGGCAGUUCCGGACCCUCAGCUGUUGUAGAGUGUUGAUCUAGUUGUCCCCAACGGUAAGUUAAGGAUUCCUGUGUAUAACACCCCUCUGGCCUGAUGAAACCUUUUUGUCUUUGCUUGUUUUUCACUCAUUAUAUGUUUGGGUUUCUCUGCCCAGUCUCUGGCUCUACCUCUUCUGCCAACAUCACCAUGGCCGUGUGUCCUCACGCUUUGUCUGAUCCGAGGGCAGAGGUGACCCUCCAGGAGUCCAACCAGGAAUUGCGUUCACAGCUGGCACAAAGCAAGCAGGACUUCCAAGCCCUCAUGGAGGAAUUCCUUGUAUCCGAAGCUGCUGCCUACUCCCUGGCCACCGAGCUGCAGAAGCACAAGUGUGGAGAGUGCAAAGACAUCAUUGAAUCCGUGCUUGGGGACAAGCUGCCUUUUGAGGAGGGGAAGCUGGCAGAGAAGUCAGCGCUAGCCGAGAAGCUCAGGGAAUCCAAUCUCCUAAUUCAAGAGCAGGAGCAGCAACUGGCCUAUCUGCGGCACAAGUUACAGGAAGGGCGAGAAGUGUGGGCCGUGCUGAGUCAGCACCUCAAUGACCUGCUGACACACGACGGCUCUGACGACCACCAAGGGCAGGCCUUCCGCCAGCAACUGGCUGAGGGAUAUAGGCUGGCCAAGCACCUUGCCCACAUACUCGGCCCAGGGAAUAACGAAGACAAGGAAGAUGAAAAGACACAAGGCACACUCACUCACAGACACGAAAUCUUCCAAACCCUGGAUGCAGAGGCUCCCACCCUGGAGGCCGGUCACCGAGGGCCUUUGAGGACAAAGUGGAGUUUCCAAAGGCCAGAGCUGCAAGCUUCACAGACACAGCUGCAGCCAGGCACCCAGGUGACCAGUUAUCUGCUGCUGCAGCUGGACCAGUUGGACUGUGGUGACGGCAAAGCCAGGCUUGGCCUUUGCUCCACCACCUGGAGCUUUAGAGCCCACGGUCCCUUCAGAAAUCAGUGGCCGCUCUUCCAAGGACUGGGUUUCGAUGCUUCCCUCAGAGGAAAGAAACCUCCCAAGCUGGAGGGUGAUGCUCUUGAGGGCUCAGCUGCCUUAAGUGCCCAGAAACAGAAGAUUAUCAAAAGAAAACUGCUCUUCAACAAGUGGAGGAUAACAUGCAAUUUCCCCAGCCUUCAGCUGAGGGUGCUGAGAUACCAAGAUCUCUGGAACUAAGGAAAGAUAUUCCUGAUUUGAAAGAAACCGCAUCACAAAAAGUACCAUUUUCACUUGAUGAAAAAAAUCUGAAACAGCAAAUCAAUUUAAAACCCAAACAGAACAGUGAAGGGAUCCUAUGCUGAAGAUCAACAUCACAACCACAAAGCACUCUCCAAGGUUUUUACUGCAAAGCCUGCUUUGAUGGGAAAAAUGCCAGCCCUUCGGCCUCCAACUGCGCUAAGUCACUGAGGAGACCACCGCCUAGACCCACACACGGUUAUGAGAGACCUUAACCCUCGCUGCUCUCAGUUCCCGUCCUGCACAUCAGCAGAGUCAGGAGCAACUGGCAAAAGACAACAUGACAGACCGGGCGUUCUGUGCCACCAGCUGGGCUGUGCGAGGAACAGACAGCACUAACUAUGCAGUGCUAUGGUGACAACGUUUAGCCUGAAUUCAGUCAUGAGGUAGUCCUGAGAC